CCUUCACAGUCUUUCUCUAACCGUUCCGUCCACCCCCUCCCCGUCCAGCCGCACCACCAAUGGCUUCGCGCCUCCGCCUCGUCGGCCCAACCCAAGACCGGGACCCCCUCCCCGUUCCAAACCCCAACGACUCCGCCGAGGCUAGUCGGGAGGGAGAGGGAGAGGCGAAGAGGCCGGAGCCGCCGCGGCGGGAGGUGACGGACCUGGGCGGCGGCAGCGAGGUGGUGCACGUCCCGCGGUUCGUGUCCCGGGAGACGGCGUGGGGAUGGUUCGACUACCUCGACAAGACCAUACCCUGGACGCGCCCCGUCAUCCGCGUCUUCGGCCGCACCGCCGUCCAGCCUAGAGAUACAUGUUAUGUUGCAGAUGAUGGCCUUACAGAUUUAAAGUAUAGCGGUCAUCAGCCUCAUGCACAUUCUUGGGAUGAAUUCCCUGUGCUCAAGGAUAUCUUGAAAGCGGUGCAUGAAGCCGUUCCCGGGAGCUAUUUUAACAGCUUGCUCCUGAACAGAUACAAGACCGGUUCAGACUACGUUUCAUGGCAUGCUGAUGACGAGCCACUCUAUGGACCGACUCCGGAAAUAGCAUCUGUCACCUUUGGAUGCGAACGUGAGUUCUUACUAAGAAAGAAGCCUACCAAAUCGCAAGCUACUUCUGGAUCCGGAGAAGCUUCUCGAAAGCGGCUUAAGGUCACUGCUCCUCAACAGCAGCAUUCGUUUCUUCUGAAGCAUGGAUCGUUGCUUGUGAUGAGAGGGUACACUCAGCGAGACUGGCAGCACUCGUUACCAAAGCGAGCUAAAGCAAGCUCAUCAAGGAUCAAUCUGACUUUCCGCCAUGUGCUGACCUGAACAGAUCUUGUUGCAGCGAAGUUCACUGGUUUUUUGCUUGCUGAUACCCGCAUCCUGUCACAAGUUUUGUGGUGGUCAUGUAAAUGUAUGAUAUGUAUCACCCAUUUUGCUCGUGAGCUUGUGUCUGUAUUGUGUUUUAUCAGGUAGCUUUAGCACUGGACCGGACAGUGAUGUCUAACAAGUUGCUUAAGCUUUUCUUGCAA